AAAGGGAAACAGAGUGAACAGGUGUCACAUCUUUUUUGGAGGCUGUAGAAGGCAUCAGAUUUACUCCACCUGCAAAUCAUAUCUGGAAACAAAACUAUAAGAGAUUUUAAAUCUAAGGAACAACCAUUUAGACUGAGAAUAAGAAGAUUCAAAGGCAUGGAUAAAGGGCUUAUCCUCUGUGUGCUGCUGGUGACUCUGUCAUGGAAGUUUUUGGGUACCUACGCUAUGACCAACACAACAACCAAUUCGACAAGUUCAAGCAAUUCUUCAACAACAGCAACUAGCAACAUGACAGUGACAGGAAACAUGACAAAUCACAGCAAUAUGACCACAAUGUCUCCUGGCAACAUGACAACAAUGACAGGAAACAUGACAAGUCAUGGCAAUACUUCGGCAACACCAACUGGCAACAUGACAGCGGCAGGAAACAUGACAAAUCACGGCAAUAUGACCACAAUGCCACCUGGCAACAUGACGACAAUGACCGGAAACAUGACAAAUCCUGGCAAUACUUCGACAACACCAACCGGCAACAUGAACAACACCCAAGCUGAAAAUACAACCGUAUCAACACAAGCUCCGCCUUUAGUAACAAACACCUCAGUGGCACCUCUUCAGGGAACUAUUACUCGGAAUGAUUGUGGUACCGGAAAGCUGUGCGCGGAUAGACCCACAGAUUGUGAUCCAUCUACAGGAGACAAUUGUUUUUUCCUUUCGGCCAAGGAACGAAGCAGCCAAACCUUUGAUUUUGAACUCUCAGGACAGUCUGACGGCUACAUUGCUGCUGGCCUCUCAACAGCUGAAAAUCAGGCUGGCUCUCACAGAGCCUAUAUUUGUGCAAACAACAAUGGUUCUGUCCGUUUCUUCACUGCCACCAUUGAUAACUUUGAACUAAAUACAACAGCGUCACUGGACUCAAGCAAUGAGCGAGGCUCAUUCGCCAGUGGUAAAAUCCAGUGUACUUUUACCGCUGAGCUACCAGACACAAGUGCACGAGCAGAAGCAUCUUACUCUUUGUCGGUUUCAACUGGAUCCUUCAACGCUAGUUCUUUGGCAUUUGGAAGAGCAACCUUUGCCAUACUGACAUCUCGGGUAAACCUGUCGGACCCCAGCGCCAACAUCACCAAUUUGCUCACCACCAACACUACUAACGCCUCUGCUCAUCCUGUGACAGCCACACUGUCAUUCUUGCCAGCUCUGAUGGUUACCAUUUGUAUGCUGGCUUUCACAGCAAUGUGAAGAAUCAAUGUUAGAUGAUAGAAUGUCAGAUUUUCUAAUGACUUUUGAUUUAAAACACAAUAGACAUAUCUUUUACAUCUAAGCUACAAUUUAAUUUGAUUACUUAAUCAUAGCAUAAAUGUAAGAAUACUUUAAUGCGUGCAACACUGAAGUACAAUUUAUUACCAUGUACCGUUAAACUUGCUGGUGAGUUGACCGAAACGGGGUGGUGGUUUUUGUGAGAGGCUUAAGGUUUCAAGGAUUUUUGACCCUCUAAAGUCUUGUUACUGGUUUGUUUUAAAAUAUUUUAUUUCCUGGUCAUAUCAUAAUUGAAAAUGAUGUCAUCAAAAUAUUCUUUGUUAAAAUGUAACAAUUUGAAGGCACUUAAAUUAUGAAACUUUCACUGGCCAAUGUUAUAUGCAGACAAGGUGCAAAUGGGAUGAAAAAAUGCUACAUGUGAUACAAGUAUUGUUAAAUGAGUAGUUUAGACUUUUUGCACUGGUUAUCUGUUAUUUUUUUAAGAUCUGUUGUUUCUUUGCCAAAAAUAAAUUUUUAUUCA